AGGGAGGAUGCGGUGAUGGACUUGGCAUUGCGUGGAAGUCCCGUGCAUCGCUUGAUCCGGGCCAAGGCCGUCUCGGGGAAGGAGGUGGAUUCGGGGAAUGACAUUUAUGGGAAUCCAAUCAAACGGAUCCAGUACGAGAUCAAGCAGAUCAAGAUGUUUAAAGGCCCCGACCAGGACAUCGAGUACAUUUACACGGCCCCAUCCUCUGCUGUGUGCGGCGUCUCGCUGGACACCAGCGGGAAGAAGGAGUAUCUUAUUGCAGGCAAGUCAGAGGGCAAUGGCAAGAUGCACAUCACGCUGUGCGACUUCAUCUUCCCUUGGGAGUCUCUGAGCGCCACCCAGAAGAAGAGCCUCAGCCAGAGGUACCAGAUGGGCUGCGAGUGCAAGAUCUCGCGCUGCCCCUCCAUCCCCUGCUAUGUGUCCUCCUCGGACGAGUGCCUCUGGACGGACUGGGUGACGGAGAAGAGCAUCAACGGGCAGCAGGCCAAGCACUACGCCUGUGUCAAGCGCAGCGAUGGCUCGUGCGCGUGGUACCGCGGCGUGGCCCCGCCCAAGCAGGAGUUUCUUGACAUCGAGGACCCCUAGCCCCCGCCAGCAGCUGCAUCCCCGCGUCCGGUAGCAAAACCUGCGAGACAUUAGACUGGUCCACCCCUGACAUCACCUCCAGGAAACAGCAUGAAAACCCAGUGCCCUGCGCGGGCGACUGACCGCCACGGGGGGAGGGGCCCGUGCCGCGCCGUCCCGGGGAACCCGCCAUGCCAGGCCCCAGAGCCGCGGUGGAGGGUGGGGGGUGAUCCAGUAGCUGGCCUACCGCGCCCCCCACCCAGCGGAGCACCCUCCCCAUGCUGCUCCGGCCCCACGCGCCUCUUGUUCUCAUCUCCACCAUUGAGCCAGCGUCCCCUACCGGUCCUGUCCCUACUCAACACGCACACCCCCUUGGGCGAGAAGGGAGCUUCCCCUGCUCAGGUCCUGGCCCCCAGAAAUGCUUUCCCAGCAGCCAAGUCUGCAGCCUUCUGCCAAAGGGGAUAAAGACCCUUGUGAUGGAUGGGAUGUCCCAGGAGAGGUCCUGUAGCAUCGGAGGGGGCAGGACUGUCCCCUGCCCGCUUGCUCCCAGGAGCUUUCGGGUCUUGGUUCUCCCAGUUAGUGGAUGCUGCAUCGGGACGAGGGGGGACAGGCAGGGCCGGGCCCUGCAGUCGCACCCCCAAGUGCUAAGAAAGAGCAUGUAGCACAUGGGACUGUGCGUGCCAUCCCUCCCAUGGGGGAGCUGGUAGACUCAAUUCUGUGCCACUUUCAUCAUGCUAGUGCCAGAGCCCCUCCCUGCAGCCUGCUGGAAGGGUCUCGGUGCCACGCAGCAUCUCUGGUGAGAGCUGUUGGGGUGGAGAGGAGGUAGGUUGGGAGAGGCUGAGCUCCCAGCCCCGGGGCAGCGGGAUGCUGAGGGUGACCCUCCUGGCCUCUGGUGCCAGCCGCCGCGUGGGCACAGAAGUCCAGAUGUUUCUGCAGCGUGGAGGGAGAACCGUGUGCGGGAACCCGGCGUCUGCACGGGCAGCGGCUUGUACCACGAAGCCAGGAAGCAUGUGAGCGUGAGAAGGCAGGCAGGCAGGCAGGCCCCUCUCCCAUGCUGAGGACACACGCGUGCACACGUCGCACACAGCGGGCAUGUCACAGCUGCCCGCCCACCCUUGACCCGUUUCUGAGCCAGUUCCCCUGCUGCAGCGCUGGGCAGCCCUGUGGCCAGCCCGUCUGGGGCACCAGCAGCCCUGGCUGCACCUUCAUCCCUUCAAGCGUCCCCAGGGCCUCCCUGCAGACCUGCUCCUGGGGCAUUUUCAUGCUGUGCAUCCACGUAAGGUCAUUAAGAUGUCACAUUGGACCAGUCUGGGUGAUUUCCAUAGAGAUAGGAAAAAAAAAAAACAAAGAAUAACCCACCCUCUAAUCAAUCCAAUAUAAGACUCCCGUUUGCUUCCUGUAUGGUUAUAUCAUGUGUGACAUUUACUCCCGUCUCUGCUGACACUCUCUCUUUGAUUUCCAUGUUUUGGUUGGUUUGGCAUCUGCUCAUUCCUGUGCUGUAAUGUUUUUAUUUCCUUGUUAGGUGUUAGAAUUGCACUUAUUUUUGUAAAGGGUUUCUGCCUUGGAAGCGUUCAAUGCUAAGUGGGAAGAACGGUGAGGAAAU